ACUAACCUCGCGAGGCGCCUCCACCCGCAAAACGAAAAAGUCCGAGCGCCGCAGCCGGCGAUGGUCAAAGUCAGUCCACACGGAGAGCUCGAGUCGAGUAGAGGCUAGUCGAGGUCAGUUGGCCGGAGAUCCAUCGAUCCGUCGAUCAACCCCCCUGUGGUUCUCUCACCUGUCAAAAAACGCGUCGCGCGUCGUACUCUGCGCGCGUUCGUGAUCGUCAUCACGAUCUGGGGAAAUCGUCGUCGUCUGACUUCAGACAGUUCAGACACAGUUUUCCUUUUCUUUCCUCCUCUCUUCUUUUUUUUUUUUUUCCCCUUCUAUCCGAGACUGAGACUGUGUGUCGAUGAAAUUGUGAGACAAGUGAGACAGUUUGUCAAAAGAGACAGUAUUUCACAUUACGAAGAUGAGAGUAUUAUAGAAGAUAAGAUAAGAUCGAAGAAGAUUGGCAAAAGCUCAGACAGAGUGGCUCUGAGUGAAGGGAAUACAGGUUCGAAGAAGUGUUGAAUCGCGGUCCAAGAAUGACAGUACUAAGGAUGACAUCCCCGGUGACGCCUCCAUCGAGCAGUCCAGGUUCCAACGAGGCACAGGCGCCGCAGCAGGCGAACGCGUCGAAACCGGCAGCGCAUCGAUUGAGCUUCUCCGUCGCGGCGUUGCUGGCCGACACCAAGAAAUCGGACUCCUCCAGGCAAGAGGCGUCCUCCGUGUCACCCAGAUCCUCACCGUUGAUCUCUUACUCGCCCGUGAGACAGGAACAACUGCUGCCAAACUCCACGUUGCAAAAGUAUUCACCAGGUGACUACAGAUCGAGAUACCUGUCGGUGUCUCCCGGUAUUCAGGAACACAGAUCGACUCAAUACACGUCCAGAAGCUCCCUGAUAGAUGGAAGGACGUUAACCAGGUUCCCCGAGAUCGAGGUGGACACGAGGGUGGGAUCACCUGGGUCGAACCAACGGACGCCCAGAGCUCUGGACUACGUGGUGCAAACCUCCGCGGACUGUGGAUCCACGUCCGAAGUCGUGCAAUGUUCCCCGCCUCCGAAAGUCCCCUCCUCGGGGGUCGGUCAUUCGGACUUUGGGCCUCAAUCGCCGAGAAGCAGCUGCCACGAUGGAGCCAGGUCCAGAUGUUCGGAACCAUCGGAGGACAUCGAGGACGAGGACGAGAACAGCUUGGUCGACGUGGAGGAUCUUCAACACCAGCACCAACAGGCGAGCAGCCCGACGCCGGUCAGACCGACUCCGGCGUACAUCGCCGGAUUCUCCAGUUUGGGAGGCAUCUCCGGCAUCCCGGCCGGGCUACAUCCGGCGGUUUGGGGUGGCGGGCAUCAGGGUGCAGCGGCGGCGGCGGCGGCGGCCGCUGCUGCCGCUGCCACGGCCAGCUUCUUCCCCUCGCACUUCUCUCAUCACGCGCCAUUAAACGAGAACGGCGAGCCGGCCAAGAUCAAGUGCAACCUGAGGAAACACAAGCCGAACCGGAAGCCGAGGACGCCUUUCACCACGCAACAAUUGCUCGCGCUCGAGAAGAAGUUCACGGAAAGGCAAUACCUCAGCGUCGCGGAGAGGGCCGAGUUCUCGUCGUCGCUUCAUCUCACCGAGACGCAGGUGAAGAUCUGGUUUCAAAAUCGCCGCGCGAAGGCGAAGCGUAUGCAAGAGGCAGAGAUCGAGAAGCUGCGGAUGUCGGCGGUCAGGCAGCAUCACACGACGCUCUACGGCUCUCAUCCGGGACUGUUGACACCGGCUAGCCUGUAUCCCGUUGGAAUGCUGUCUCAUCCUGGUUUAACGCCUCAUCAUCCGAUCUCUCAGCACCCGUCCAGGGAAUGAAAGCAACGGGAGCAGCCAGCGACUCGCCACGAUCGGUAGUGAAUCGACGACCGAUCCCCCCGCGAAACAGUUUUCUGCAUCUCUUCGAAACAAGUCGAGGGACUCCCGAAUGUGUUCCAGUUUGGAAUAUUCUUGGCGAACGCGAACGGAGAGUGCAGAGGGAUUUGAGAUUGAAGGUGGGAAACUGAAAGAGAAGAAGAAAACGCGAGGCAACUCGAGAUGGAAUUAGUUAGUUUCUCUUGGUAUUUUUGGCAAAUUGAACGAGGAACGCAGAGAUUUGAGAUUGAAGAGAGAACCCGACGGAAUUGCUAGUUUCUCUUGGUAUUUUUCGCGAACACGGACGAAGAAAUGCAGAGAUUCUGAGGAGAGACUGAAGGAGGAAAAUGGCAAACAAGACGCGAGAGAACUCGAUGGAAUCGCUAGUUCUUGGUAUUUUUGGCAAACUGAACGAAAAACGCAGAUAUGCGAACGUCGAGGAAGAAAAAUAUAAGACACAACUCGACGGAAUCACUGUAUGCACGCAGAUUACCAGUUUGGAAUGUUUCUUGGAAUUCUUGACGACGUAAGAGCGAAUAAAAAGAUAGCUGGAACUGCUACGAAAAGAAAAGUGAAGAAAAUCAACGAGAGAUGGAAUCGAAUUGUUUACGUUCGUGGAGAUCUGCAACCAACAAAACCAAAUGUUCCGAUAGGCGAAACGAUUCAGAGCGUACUCGGAGAUGUGCUCGAUCGGAAGCCAGAACCGUCGACAAGCAGACAAGUCGAAGUGGAAUACGUCUGCGAGGAGUAUAACCAAAGUGGAACGCGUUUCUGAGAAAAGAGACACGAUUCCGAAUGAACUCGUGGACUCUCCUUUUUUUGCCCAUCGAAUCGUUCAAAUAAUGAUCUCGACAUAGCGAGAGGAAGAGAGAAAGAGAGAGAGAGACCCAAAGAACAAAACGUCGUUCCUACGGGACAACCAUAGUGUAUCGUGAAUCUGUGCCAAUAUCAGACACGCUCCCGUGUCUUUGUACAUACUGUGUAAAUAUACUCGUCGUUCUCCAGUUGAAAGUUCACGUAGCCUUGUAAAUACGAUCAUUCGUAUGGUGAACGAUAGUUUUCGAAAGGUCUGCUGCCACCAGAGGCCCGUUUUUUCCAAUUUUGUAUAAAUGUAAAACCGUCGCCGAGAGAGUAGCAGAGUUUAUUUAAUAAACACGCAGAAUAGAAUUAA